AUGUCUGGCCGUGGAAAGGGUGGAAAGGGUCUCGGAAAGGGUGGUGCCAAGCGUCACCGCAAGAUUUUGCGUGACAACAUCAGGCGUAUCUCUGGUCUCAUCUACGAGGAGACCCGUGGCGUGCUCAAGAUCUUCCUUGAGAAUGUCAUUCGUGACUCGGUAACAUACACCGAACACGCCAAGCGCAAGACUGUCACUGCGCUCGAUGUCGUCUAUGCCCUCAAGCGCUCGGGACGCACUCUGUACGGUUCGGUGCAUGAGGACUGGUCAUGUUUUGGGCUGUGCAUAUCUCUUGUUGCUGUGUAA